CACCACGAAAAACCCAUUCUCACCCUCGUCGCCAUUCUUUCCAUCUCUCCUACUCUCUUACCCUCACCAUCGCCCCCAGACCACACCAUCCGCAACCAUGGUCCUCUCCACGGCCCCCAAGAAGGCUCUCCGCCUCGCCGGCCAGCUCUCUAGACGCCAGCUCAAGCAAGCCCGUGCCGUAGCUACCAUCACCCCGCCGCACCAGGCCGCUGCCAUCUCCCGCCUUCCUACCAAUGUCGACCCGUCAUCUGAUGAGUUCAAAGACAACGAGCGCCAGAUGGCUGAGGUUAUGGCUCGCAUGCAGACCCUUUCCGAGAAGAUCCAGCGCGGUGGCCCUGAAAAGGCCCGACAGAAGCACCUUGCCCGCAAGAAGAUGCUUCCUCGCGAUCGUGUGACAGCCCUCAUCGACCCCGGCACCACGUUCCUCGAGCUCUCCCCAAUGGCUGGCUACGAGCUGUACCCUGAGGCCGAGGUCCCUGCUGGCGGCAUCAUCACCGGCGUUGGUGUUGUCGAGGGCGUUACUUGCGUCAUUGUUGCCAACGACAGCACUGUCAAGGGAGGAACCUACUACCCCAUCACCGUCAAGAAGCACCUCCGCGCUCAGGCUGUUGCUCAGGAGAACAACCUCCCCUGUAUCUACAUGGUUGACAGCGGUGGCGCCAACCUCCCUCACCAGGCCGACGUCUUUCCCGACCAAAACCAUUUCGGCCGCAUUUUCUACAACCAGGCUCGCAUGUCUGCCAAGGGCAUUCCUCAAAUUUCUGUCGUCAUGGGCCCCUGCACAGCCGGUGGUGCCUACGUUCCCGCCAUGAGCGACGAGUCCAUCAUCGUCCAGGAGCAAGGCCACAUUUUCCUCGCUGGUCCUCCUCUCGUCAAGGCUGCUACUGGCGAAAUUGUCAGCCAUGAAGACCUUGGUGGCGGCAAGAUGCACUCCUCUGUAUCUGGUGUCACCGACUACCUCGCCGUCGACGAUGCCCACGCCAUCACCCUCGCCCGCCGCUGUGUGAGCAACCUCAACUGGCCGGCCAAGGACCCUGCCACGCAAGCUGCCGUCGUCCCCUACGCCGAGCCUAUCCAUAACCCCGAAGAGCUCACUGGCAUUGCCACGACCAACCUCCGCAAGCCCAUGCCCAUCCGUGAAAUCAUCUCUCGCAUUGUUGACGGAUCCGAGUUCUCCGAGUUUAAGCGCGACUUUGGCACUACUCUAGUCACCGGUUUCGCCUCCAUCUACGGACAUAAGGUUGGCAUUGUCGCCAACGACGGCAUCUUGUUCGCUUCGUCCUCCGUCAAGGGCGCCCACUUUGUCGAGCUCUGCACCCAGCGCGGCAUCCCCCUGGUGUUCCUGCAGAAUAUUUCCGGUUUCAUGGUCGGUUCCGCCUCGGAGCGCGACGGUAUUGCCAAGCAUGGCGCUAAACUUGUUACCGCCGUCGCCUGUGCCGACGUGCCCAAGUUCACUGUCGUUGUUGGCGGCAGCUACGGUGCCGGAAACUACGGCAUGUGUGGCAGAGCUUACAGCCCACGCUUCCUCUGGAUGUGGCCCAAUGCGAAGAUUGGUGUCAUGGGUGGUGAACAGCUUGCUUCUGUCAUGGAGACUGUUGGCCAAAAGGCCGAUCCUGAGCUGAAGGCUCGUAUUGACCGCGAGAGCGAUGCCACCUUCUCAUCUGCUAGACUUUGGGACGAUGGUAUCAUUCCUCCCCAGCACACCAGACAUUACCUCGGUCUUGGUCUGAAUGCUGCCAUGACUGGCAGAAAUGCUGUCAAGGCUGGCGACACCAAGUACGGAGUCUUCAGAAUGUAAUACAAUUAUAGACGAAAAGAGAUAUAAAGAAAGUAAGCAACAUGGAGGUUGAUAACAAUGUACAUAUUUUGUAGUUAAUAUCAUGAGCAAAUGACAAAACGGUCCACCAAAAUUCAUCUGUGCCUAGCA